AUCAGAUAAAUUAACAAUUUAAAAGGAGAUAAAAUGCCCUCGAGAGAAGCAGGAAGAGUGCCUGUAGCCCUCGUCAGACAUCUGGUGGACCAGAGUCGCACUGAACGCGAGCUGAUGGAGAAGGGAAAGGUUCUAAAGGAGCGUAUAAAUAAGAUCGAGACCCUCCUCAAGCUGCUAGAUGGUCGCGAAGACGAACUACUCUGCACGAUCUGCAAGGGACAGGUCUAUCAGCAGAGCACUGUUCGAGCGGUGCGCGAUGGACUGUCCGCUAGGCUCACGGCCCAUGUGUACCUAUACAGUACGGCCCGUGGUCGGCUGAUGCGUCUGCAGCAGCUAAUUCAUCGCGAGGAAUCAACGGGGGCUCCCCGAUAAUUGAGGCUUGAGAGC